AUGCUAACUUUGUCUCUCUUCGCAGUCCUAGCCUGUGCUUUUCUAGUGUCUUUACGUCGACAAUGGCGCGGAACCAGCCUGAGGCAUCCACCAGGUCCAUGGGCGAUUCCCGCCAUCGGCAAUCUAUUGCACUUUCCGCUCUCCAAAGACUCGCCAUGGCGGAAAUUGCUCAAGUGGAAGUAUGAGUUCGGCAAAAUGACAUACCUUCAUGGCUUUGGCAACUCCGUUGUAGUCCUCAACGAUAUCGACACGUGCAAUGACCUGCUUGUGAAGGAUGGGCAUGUUUGGACUGAUCGACCUGUCUUCACAAUGGGAGGCGAACUUAUGGGUGUGGACCGCUCUACAGUAUUCAUGUCAAAUACACCAACAUGGCGCUACCAUCGCAAGCUCACUGAUAUUGCUUUCAACGCAAAUGUCGUGAAGGAGUACUGUGGAGCCCAAGAGGACAUCGCCGCAUUGAUGGCGCAGAGUAUCACAACUCAUCCUGAGGGAUUUAUUGAGCAUUUACGGCUUGCAACGGGGAGGAUUAUCAUGUCUGUGACCUAUGGAAUAUCUCCCCAGUUGGCAGAGGAAGAUUACAUCCGGCAUGCUGAAGAUACGCUGAUGCUGCUGACCGAAACACUUGUGCCCGGAGCGUACCUUGUUGACGCUAUUCCUUCUCUCAAGUACCUUCCGGAACACCUACCUUUCAAGACAUUUCAUGACAAGGCUCGGGAGGGCCGCGCUAUGUCAGAGAAGCUGGUUUUUCCACCAUAUCACCAGGUGAAGAAAGAGAUGGCAGCGGGAGAGGCGCCGCAUUCGCUAGUAAAACAGCUGCUUAGCUUGCCCCACGCAGAUACCCAGUCUGACUCCGCAGACGCUGCGUUCGAAGAUGCGGUAAUAUGGGCAGCAGGCUCGAUGUACGGCGCUGGUGUCGAAACGACGUAUUCAACAGUUCUCAAUUGCAUAUUGGCGAUGACCAUGUACCCCGAGGUUCAGCGACGCGCACAACUCGAGUUGGACUCGGUAGUGGGCGACAAACUUCCCAGCAUUGAGAAUCAACACGAGACACCAUAUCUUAAUGCGCUCCUGCAAGAGCUUCUUCGUUGGCAUCCAGCGUUGCCUUUGGGGAUUCCUCAUCGCUCUUCGAAGGACGUGGUAUAUCAAGGCUUCUUUCUGCCCAAGAAUACCAUCGCCAUCGCCAAUGUCUGGGCGAUAACCCGUGAGGAAGAUCCCGAUUUCUCGCCUGAGGAAUUUGCGCCCGAGCGGUUUUUGCCCCGUCCCUCGGGUUUUGUUCCACAAGACCCGUUCACCUAUGCUUUUGGCUUCGGGCGCCGCAUUUGUCCAGGCAAGGCGCUUGCCGCAAACUCGAUUUACAUCCUCGUAGCGUAUCUUGUCCAUAAUUUCUCCUACCAUUUGCCCCGGAACGUAGAUGGAGUUGAAGAGGCCAUUCAUCCAACAUGGAGGAGUAGUUUGACAAGCUUCCCAAAUCCCUUCAAGUGCCGCAUCGUGCCGCGAAGCGAGGAGAGGAUGUCCAUGAUAAAUCAGCGUGCUUCAAGCGCUAGAAUGGCCAAAUAA